GUUGUGAGCUAUCAUGUGGAUGCUGGGAUUUGAACUAAGGACCUCUGGAAGAGCAGUUAUUGCUCUUAACCACUGAGCCAUCUCUUCAGCCUUGUUUAUUUUUUUGUUCCUAUUGCUACAUUUUUAUUUUUGAAGUACAGUCAGUGUCUAUGCCCUCUUGGAACCAGCAUACUUCAUUCCAAAGUACCUAGGAGGGGCAGCACUUGACAGAGAGCACAUGGCACUCCUCACUUGCCUGCACCUGGGUGGAGCCAGAGCCCAGGGCUACAUAUUUUAGUCCUUGCACCAGCAGCCUCCAGAGCUGUAGUUGUCUUUUCCUAGCUGUGAUGGGCUUUGAGUUCUGGAUGCUGGCGUUGUGUGCCCUGCUGCUGCUAGUCUUGGGGCUGCUGAGCUUCCUGUGGCUGGAUAGUGACCUGACACUGCUGCGGGCUGCUUGGAUGGGCCAGUGUCCUGAACAGGCACUGGCUGACAAGGUGGUGUGGAUUACUGGAGCAUCAAGCGGCAUUGGUGAGGAGCUGGCUUUCCAGUUAUCUAAACUGGGGGUCUGUCUGGUGCUGUCAGCCCGAAGGGGGCAGGAGCUGGAGCGGGUGAAGAGAAGAUGCCUGGAGAAUGGCAACCUAAAAGAAAAAGACAUACUGGUUUUGCCCCUUGACCUGGCUGACACCAGUUCCCAUGACAUUGCUACCAAAACCGUUCUCCAGGAGUUUGGGAGAAUUGACAUUCUGGUCAACAAUGGUGGAAUAGUCCAUGCUUCCCUUUUUGAAAAUACCAACCUGGAUGUCUUCAAGGUGCUGAUAGAGGUGAACUACUUUGGGACAGUGUCAUUGACCAAGUGUGUUCUACCUCAUAUGAUGGAGAGAAAGCAAGGAAAGAUUGUGGUCAUGAAUAGCCUUGUGGGAAUUGUACCCAACCCUCUUUGCAGUGGGUACAUUGCUAGCAAAUUUGCUCUUCGGGGAAUGAAGAUGCAUCUCCACUGCUACCAGGGAUCCUCUGGUUUUGUUGGUGCACUUCGAACUGAACUUUUUGACUAUCCAGGUAUAAGGUUGUCUACGAUUUGCCCAGGACAUGUACAUUCAAAUAUUUUCCAGAAUUUUAUAACUGGAGAGUUCACUAAGACCAGACUGCCUGAAAUCCCGCUAUUCAUGAUGGAAACAAGCCGUUGUGUGCAGCUAAUCCUUGUCUCCCUGGCCAAUGAUCUGGAGGAAGUCUGGAUAGCUAAUCAGCCUGUCUUGCUUCGGGCAUAUGUGUGGCAGUAUGUGCCAUUCCGGGACUGGAUACUUCAAGGAUGCUAUGGAAAAUAUAUAUCGAAAGCUCUAGGUAUAACAUGGUAUGUGUGACUCACUUGUUUCCAGUAGUUUAUGUGCAUCUUGCAUGCAAAUAUCAAGUCUUCAAAUGCUUUAGGGUCGUUUUUGCUAACUUCCAGACCCAGCUCACAAUAUGAAAAUACAUAAAAAUGGACUGACCCUGGACUCUGACCUCAUAGGUAGCAAUGAAUAUUCUAGUAAGAUCACCAGUGGAAGGGGAAGCCCUUGGUCCUGCUAAGACUGAACCCCCAGUGAACGUGAUUGUUGGGGGGAGGGCGGCAGUGGGGGGAGGAUGGGGAGAGAAACACCCAUAAAAAAGGGGAGGGGGAGGGAUUAGGGGGAUGUUUGCCCGGAAACCGGGAAAGGGAAUAACACUCGAAAUGUAAAUAAGAAACAUUCAAGUUAAUAAAAAAAAAGGGGGGGGGGACAACAAUAUCCUUGGCAGGAAAUAGGGAGGCAAAGUUUAGAACAGAGGCAGCAGGAACACCCAUUCAGAGCCUGCCCAACAUGUGGCCCAUACAUAUACAGUCACCCAAUUAGACAAGAUGGAUGAAGUAAAGAAGUGCAGGCUGACAGGAACCGGAUGUAGAUCUCUCCUGAGAGACACAGCCAGAAUACAGCAAAUACAGAGGCGAAUGCCAGCAGCAAACCACUGAACUGAGAACGGGACCCCCGUUGAAGGAAUCAGAGAAAGGACUGGAAGAGCUUGAAGGGGCUCGAGACCCCAUAUGAACAACAAUGCCAAGCAACCAGAGCUUCCAGGGACUAAGCCACUACCUAAAGACUAUACAUGGACUGACCCUGGACUCUGACCUCAUAGGUAGCAAUGAAUAUCCUAGUAAGAGCACCAGUGGAAGGGGAAGCCCUGGGUCCUGCCAAGGCUAGACCUCCAGUGAACGUGAUUGUUGGGGGGAGGACGGCAAUGGGGGGAGGCUGGGGAAGGGAAGCCCAUAUAGAAGGGAGGGUUAGGGGGAUGUUGGCCCAGAAACCGGGAAGGGAAAUAACACUCGAAAUGUAUAUAAGAAAUACUCAAGUUAAUAAAGAUAAAAAAAUACAUAAAAAAUACCAAAAAUACAUAAGCAGUAUCAUAUCAUUCCACGUAACUGACAAUUUCCCAUCAACUGUCACUGGACUAGGUGUUCUGGGAGGUUCACAUGGCAAGCAUUGCUUUCUUCUAUACUUAGUGACUGAGAGAGUAAGUUUCAGGAAACUCUCUCUCUGCUCCUUCCCAUCAUGUCCUACCUGGCCUUCCAUCUCAGCUCAGGAGUCACUUCCGUGAAGGGACACUUUCCCUCCUUUCUACUUCUCCUAGGGACAGGAGCUCCUCAGCCCUUGAUUGUUCAACCUCCAGAACAACCCACUACACUAAGACAAUGCACGCAUGCACAUAGGCACGCAUGCAUGCACACUUACUGUGCAGUCCUUAUUUCUUCUGUCUGGCCCUAAAGCACUCUGCUCAACUCAGAUAUGAAGGGAACAAGACUGCUUACUACAACGCUGAGUGGGGAAUACUACCUGUUUCUAAAUAAAAAAGUUUCAUGGGUUCAUAUCACAGCAAAUGUAAGGAGUUAUUAUGGCAUCCAUGCAGCUACGGUACCAAGAACUGGGUGGGCAUAGGCCUGGGAGGUUUAAGAAAAAACACAUACUCGGCUCAUUUGUGUAAGAGAAUGCCAAAGCUUUACUGAGGUUCACAGAAUAUAUACCCCCAAGUCCCCUGAGUGGAAGCACAAUGGAAAAAUAAGUUUACAUUCUCAGCAGGAAGACAGAAACCAGAACCAAGAGCUGACAUCAAAGAUGUAGGCUCCCAGGUGCCAAACAGAAAGGUCAGGAUGUUCCUUUGUUAGGAACAAAAGGCUUCCACAUGCAGCAGCAAGGCUCAGCAGAGGACAACCACUUGAGGGGGCCCAGGGGAGUCCUACAGCAUUCUAGUUCAAUGUCUUGGCCCUGUGGGAUGGUUGAGCAGACUUCAUGGAAAGCAGCCUGAGUUUUGAAUAAAGCUUAAAAUCUCUUAUCACAGGUGUAAGGCUAUUGCUGGGUAUUGUUUUCAUUGCUGAAGUUGUUCCCUCUGUAUACUUUGUGAUGAACAUUUUCUGAGAUUUAUUUUUACUUAUGUAUUUGUAUUUUUUAUGUGUAUGUAUCUGUUACCUCUCUGUGGGUGCCUGUGAAGGACAGAAGACUCUCAGGAUGCCUGCAGAUGGUUGUGAGUCUCCUGAUGUAGUUGUUAGGAUCCAAACUCAGGUCUUCUGGAAGAACUGCAAGUGUUUAAAGAGUUAGGCUAUCUCUCCAGCACAUGCUACAACCACUAAAAUCCAUAGUUGCUUUAUUUCUGGGUAUGGUGGCAUAUCCAGUUAAUCCCAACACUUGAGGCACAGGCAGUGACACAUGGAUCCCUAUGAAUUUGAGACUGGCCUGUUCUACAGUGAGUUUUGAGUUCCAGGAUAGCCAGGGAUACACAAUAAAGAAACCAUGUCUUAAAAACAAACAAACAAACAAACAGCUAACUCAAACCAAGCAAACAGGCAAACAACAACAAAGCUGGAUAAAUAAAAAUCACUAUAUAAGAGGACCAUAAUAUAGAUUCUGUAAUCUACCAGUAAUUAAGCAGUCUGCCCUAAUUUUUAGAUACCUAAUUACUUUUAUCCUUCUAUGUUGAAGUGAAAAUGAAUUGGGUAGGGAAAAUCCAAGAGUAAACUUUAAGAAAAUGCUUAAAGACAUUUAGAUUAUAAAACAUUUGCAUGCUAUCUUAAGAUGUAGAGUUUGAAAUACCAUGAAGAGGGCCUUUUGCUAUCUACCAGGUUUCAUUGCAUCCAGUCAUUUAUAAGCAUUCUAGUUCUGGAUCUUGGACAUGUGGGAUGGUUGAACAGACUUCAUGAAAAGCUUCCUGAGUUUUGAGUCAGGGGGAUGGCUUAGGAAGCUGCCUGCAGCUCAGUGACAGAGAAGCCCUGGGAAGGAACGAUUCUGUAGAAGCGACAGAUCAGUACCCUUGGUCAGAGCUGGGCUAUCUGGGUUCAAAUCCCCGGUACAAGGCCUACUUGUCCAUGGCCUUAAGCAGUUCACUAUUGGACUCACCAUAGGCGAUGAGGGUAAUAACAAAUCAUAGAGUUAUUAUGGGCAUUAAGUAAGAAUACAGGACAGAAGUACUUCCUAAACAGCCUAGAGUCUUAUCAGGGCUAUCAGGGCUGCUGAUAUUUUAUUCUCCAUUUCAAGCUGAGUUUGGUAGUAGCGAGUGUAGAUGACUGGGUUGUUUCCCUGUUGUGACACUUAUGAACAGUGAUGUGAAGGCAGAAAUGUGUUUUGCUCCUUCACACUGGUUUCAGUUCCUCUCAGGGUGUACCCUGGUAUUUGCCCUGGAGAUUUCAUCCUCUAAAGCUUUGUCUUCUUGCUGAACCUCCAUUAAGAAGUAGGUCUAAUGUAAGUCCUUGGAUGUACCACCUUGGGGUGGGUGGGUGGGAGGUAAUGGACUUCUCACAGGACUCUGGGAGUUCUAGAGCAAGUAAGUCCAUUGACCAGCCUAACUUGGUAUCCAUCUCAAGGGGAGGCUCCAACGCCUGACACUAUUACCAGUGCUAUGGUGUGCUUACUGAUAGGAGCGUAGCAUGGCUGUCUUCUGAGAGGCCUAACAAACAGCUGACUUAGACUUACACUCAACUAGUGGACAGAAGUUGGGAACCACUGUGGUUUCGAAAGAAAUUUGACCUCUAAGUCAGGACCCUCCUGCUAUAGUUUCCUGAGUGUUGGGAUUUUAGGCAUCUGAUCCUCUAUUGUCCUUCAUUUUAAUCUUUGAUUUAACUUUCUCAAGAUGAAAUAAAUAAAAAGUAAAAUAUUGCCAUGAAUAUUGAAAAAAUGGAUAAUUAUACUACAUAAUUGAAUAAAAUAACAUUUA